AUGCGGCCGCCACCAAUACCGAGUCCCAUUCGGCCGGUGGCCUCGCACAGCGACAGCCUACUCAGUCUGCUCGCGCUUGCCUCCACCAUCUGUCGCCUCGCCGCACGCAUCCAGAGCAUCGAUGCGCAGCCUCCACCCGACAGCGCCAAUACGCCUCGCGCGCUCCCACUGCGUCGCCUCGUCGGCCCCGCGGGCAGAUCGCAUCGGAGCAGAAUCCCAGUCUCUGGUGUAGAGUCUGCGGUCACGCUCCGAUCGAGCCGACCUGGUGUCGCAACUGUGCGUCCGCGCAGAGCAGCGUCGCAUCUCCAGCUCGCCACAGCCAAAGCCCCCUCACUUCGGUCUCGCUCCACCUGGGCUCCCUCACAGUCACAAGACAACCCCGCGGAAACGGUACUCUCGGACGAGAACCGACCGUCAUCCGCCGCCCCUCCUCACCGUGACCCCAUCGAUCCAUCGCCGCCAGAGCCUCCAUCAGGAUCGACCUCUCCACAAGGUCUGUUGCCAGCGUCUACGGCCGACGCCCACACCGACUCGCCUGCAUCUUCACACGGCUCUCGUCCAGCUCACUGGCAAGCUGAUUGGCUGCCGAAGCACAGUUCUGAACCGGACGAGGCCAUCGUCGGGCUUGUCGAUCUCAACCGGCGAUUCGAGCAGAUCUUGAAGGACGAACCCAAGCGAUUCGCAGAGUUGCAGGAGCAAGAGAAUCUCAACGGCUUCGAAGCUCGCCGAAUCCUUGGCCACCGCCUCUGGCAGGUCUAUCAGAAUCACGCGCACAAGCAAGCGCUACCUCUGCACGUGCGUAUCGGAGUGGCAAAGUCCUUGGCCAGGGCCGUACAUCUCGUCACCACCAACCACGUCACCCUCUUCAAAAAGGCGUUUCGCUAUCUCUUCAGCCGCCGCAUCCGCGCCAUCUACAAAGACUGCCAAGUUUUCCUCGAAAGGACUGGAAAUCCACCCCUCUCCAGCCCCCGCAAGAGCCAAUUGCGCUUCUCGAUCCGCAUGCUCGAACCCACCUACUUAGCUCUCGACGCAAAACCCUUGGCCGCCCUCAAGGCCAUGGACACGGUUCUGCGUGAAUGCAGGCCCGACAUCUACCAGAUGAAAGACCUCCGCAAGAAGCACGUUCACCUCUCGACCGUCGAUCGUGCGCUCAUCGCCAUACUCGACUCGCUUGUCUUCGAGGUGCGAUGUCCGUCGGACGCUGCCCAGAUUGCCGCGCGCAUCAGGUCGCAAGCCAGCUUCUUUGACGACACCACCAUGCUCCAAGACGUCCUCGACGGCCAGAUCGACGCGACCGAGUCGCAGCAGCCCAUCGAAGACGCCCUCAAGUGGUACGCCACCUCUCCGCACGCCUUUCUCUUCUCCCAUCCAGCCUUCAGGCACGCAAGGAGCUCGCUGCUCUUCUGUCUCUCCCACCACCGAGACGCUGCGGGAUUGAUCGAACGCCUCGGCGACGAGUUCGACGCCUCGGAUCCAGCAUUCGCGUCCACCUGCGAAAUCGUGCUUCGUGCCGCCCUCAUCUACAAAGGCUCCACCGCCGCGCUCGAGCUCUACGACGAGCUGUGGUCCAUGGGUGUGCCCUUGCAUCCCACGCUGCUCUCGCGCAUCAUCCGCGAGGCUCACGGUCAGGAUCCGUCCGCGCGUCUCGAAGCGCUCCUCAAUCGCUCUACCGCAAAUGGCCAAAAGGUCCCAGCUAGACUGUUGCGAACCGUUGCCGAGGGCUGGGCGUUGCGCAAUCGCAUGGACCGUGUAGCGCCCAUCUUGGCCAAGCUGCGUCGGGGCAAAAGCAAGAAGCACGAGGCCUUCGAGCACCGGCUCUACAUGCAGCUCUUUGCUGCACGCGGUGACAUCAAGGGCCUCGUCGCAAGGUUGGCCAUAUUGCACGACUUUCAAGCUCUCGAGACGCGAGAUUGCCAGGCGGGCAAGAAACCGCUCGGUGCCAAGGAGUUUGGACUGCUGCUCAAGGCGUGCAACCGCAACAACGACGCCGAAUCCGCUGAGCACUUCCUCUCCGAGGCCGUCGACCGAGGUAUCAAGCUGCGAGCCAGCGACUACAACAGUCUCAUCGACACCUACGCUCGCAGGGCCGACAUCGACACGGCGCUGUCCAUCUUUGAGCAGAUGCGAGAUGUCGGCAUCCAGCCCGACAAGUACACCUACACUAUCCUCAUCCAGGGCUUCGCGCUGCGUCGCGACCCGGAUGCGGCUGCACACACGCUGCGGGCCAUGGUGGCGGCGGGACACACGCCCGACCGCAUCACCUACGCGGCGCUUCUCAACUGCUACGUCGAGUCGGGCGUGUACGGUGCGGCGAUCCGGCUGUUUGGCUGGAUGCAGCGACGGCGCGACGCUCGCAUCCGUCCGUCGAUCGAGGUGUGCAACAUGAUCCUCAAGGCGUACGUGCUGAGUGCGCUGCCGGUGCAGAAGGUGAUGCGGUUCGUCAGCAGCGUGCGCCGCGCCGGACUGCAACCCAACGCGCAAACGUACGCGCUGAUGCUGCAGAGCGCCUGCGAUGCCGGUCUGAUGCACAUUGCCGAGGACGUCUUCUCGGAAGCCGAAAACGUGCUGCCGAACCCGCGCGAAGGCGGAGUGGGCCAGGGCGCCAACCUGUUCCACUUCACCAUCAUGAUCCACGGCUACCUGCGGCUCGGCGACCAGACGGAGGCCAAGGAGUACUUUGACGAGAUGCAGCGUCGCAAGCUUCGACCGAGCGCGAUCACGUGGAGUGUGAUGGUGCACAGCUAUGCGCGCAGCGACAACGACGUCAACUACAACCUCGCCAGCACGCUCGUCUCGCAGCUCGUUUCGAACGAGGACAGCAAGGCGUUCAAGCCGUCGUCGAUGGCCGAGCUGCAGACGCAAGUGGGUGUGGACGACUCGUACAAGGCCGGCGAUGUGGAUGCGCCACUCGCCCGCAAGGGGCCGUCGUUUGCCGUUCUGCAUACGGUGCUCAUGGCGGCGCAGGCACGGCGCGGAGAGCCAGAGAUGGUGGAGAGGACCAUGGAGCGGCUGGCGAGCAGCACGACGGGCCUGACGGUGCUCCAGAUGACGCCGCUGCUGGACGCCUAUCGCCGCGUGGAUGACGUCGAAUCGGCUCUGCUGCUGUUCGAGCAGAUCUACAAGGUGGCGCUCGAGACGGCGAGCAUCGGCCGCGACCGCGUGUAUGCGCACAGCCCACCUGGCUCGCAGCCGUCGGCGCCGGGCAGUGGAGGGGAAGGCGAGGCUGAAGGCGUUACGAUCCGUCGGCUGGAUGCCAACAGCCGCGCGCUGCUGUGCAUGCCGAUCUCGCUCAUGAUCGACGUGCUCUCGACGGCCGGUCGGCACGAAGAGAUCGCUCGGAUCUGGACGCGCGCCAAGCAGGAUGGCUUUGGAUUCGACGCGAGCAACUGGAACCACCUGGCUGCGUCGAUGGCGCGCGCGGGCCAGCUCGAGGAGGCGCUGUCGGUAGUGGAGCGCGUGCUGUACCACGAGCCGCCGCGGUCGUGGAUGCACGAGCGCGCGGCGGCGGAUCUCAAGGCGCGCAAUGCCAAGGUGGCCGCCGAGGCCGAGUCGAGCAAAGACUGGAAGAGCGACGAGGAUGAAGCGAAUGACGGACACAAGUCGGCGGCCGACGAUGGCGACGAGUUUGACCCGCAGGUGGCGGAGGACGAGCUGGAUCCUGCAUCCAAGCAUCGGUCGGAUGCGGCGAGCGUGCCGUCGCGCCCACCGAACCGACGCUACGAAUCGCGUUCGGACGACGAUCCCUACACGGAGCUUCCGCUGGUUCGCCGAGGCACGGUCGAUGACGAUGUAGUCUCCGAGAUCGGCGGGUCGUCCGAGGCGGGAGAAGACUAUGCCGAGCCGAGCGCGUUCUAUCUGGACGCGAAUAGCGGGCUGCCGGAUGUGCGCGAGCUGGUGGGCAGCGACAUGGAGCGGCUGUCGCCGUGGUAUGCGCACUUUGACACCAUGGAGGCCAUCAGUCGCGGACUCGCCGAGACGGGCGAGGCGAGCAGUGUGGUUGCGCUGCUCGACCGCUUCCCCACGGCGGCGAGCCUGAUCGACCGGCACGAGCGCAAGGUGGAGAUCAUGCGCGAGCGGCAGCGGGAGGAAGCGGUGCGCAGUGCGCGCGAUCUCAUCGACGGCCGAUCGUAA